AUGUACGAGAAAGCAGCAGGUAAAGCCAAUGGAGAACAACAACACGAGGAUAAUGGGGGUAUUAUAAUUGAUAAUGAAGGGGUAGUUCUACUUUCCAACGCAAAUGAACAGCCAGUUCUUGUUCAAGACCCUCAGCUUCCUCCUCUUCCACCAACAACUUUCAACACCAUGUCCAGUGCAAUGCCUACUGAUCCAAGGUAUGGAUAUGGCUCUAGUGUUCCCACCGAUGGCGUGGCUUUACCCAAUGGACUCAACUUGGAUAAGUGGGUUUUGUGCAAAAUGUACGAGAAAGCAGCAGGUAAAGCCAAUGGAGAACAACAACACGAGGAUAAUGGGGGUAUUAUAAUUGAUAAUGAAGGGGUAGUUCUACUUUCCAACGCAAAUGAACAGCCAGUUCUUGUUCAAGACCCUCAGCUUCCUCCUCUUCCACCAACAACUUUCAACACCAUGUCCAGUGCAAUGCUUACUGAUCCAAGGUAUGGAUAUGGCUCUAGUGUUCCCACCGAUGGCGUGGCUUUACCCAAUGGACUCAACGUCGGUUAUCUUUUAUUGCUUGAUGACAUCUCAGAUUUGUAUAAAUAA